GCCCCUUGCAUGCAAAUCACGUCUGAGCUCGCGCCUCUCCAUUGGCCGCCUUGCGCUCAUUUAGCUGCUGUCAGAGCGCGCGGCCCGGGAACGCACCGGUAACUUUUCCCAGUAAGGCUCAGCUUCAACCAAAGUCCGCUCCAACAAGUCCUUCCCAUUCCACGGAUGACACGGAGGAGGAAGACGCUGCAGUUUCAGCUCUGAGUGGAUUUCAGUCACUUCUUCCCUCCGUGUUUUUGGAGGCUGAAUGUUUCUGUCUGUCUGACUCUGUCCUACAAAGACGAGGUGAAUGUACAGCAUCAUGAUGGAGACGGACCUGCAUUCCCCCGUGGUGCCCCAGACCAACCCAUCCAACCCGGGGGGACAUGCGGGAGGAGGAGGCGGGGGGCCCGCUGGGAAGAUCCCCCAGGAGAGGAUCAAGAGACCCAUGAACGCCUUCAUGGUGUGGUCCCGGGGCCAGCGGAGGAAAAUGGCACAGGAGAACCCCAAGAUGCACAACUCGGAGAUCAGCAAGCGGCUGGGCGCGGAGUGGAAGGUGAUGACCGAGGCGGAGAAGAGACCCUUCAUCGACGAGGCCAAGCGGCUCCGGGCCAUGCACAUGAAGGAACACCCGGACUACAAGUACCGCCCGCGGAGGAAGACUAAGACUCUACUCAAGAAGGACAAGUACUCACUUGCCGGCGGACUCCUCGGUUCAUCGCCGGGUGUGGGGAUGGGCGGCGGGCAGCGGCUGGAGAGCCCCGGAGCGGGACAUGUGGGGGCCAGCGCGGGCUACGCCUCGCAUGUGAACGGCUGGGCGAACGGGACGUACUCGGGUCAGGUGGCGGCCGCAGCGGCGGCGGCUCACGCCAUGAUGCAGGAGGCGCAGCUGGCGUACACCCAACACCCGGGCAGCGGGGCUCACCCGCACCAUCACCCGCACCACCACCACCACCACCCGCAUCACCACCCGCACAACCCGCAGCCGGUGCACAGGUAUGACAUGAGCGCUUUGUCUUACAGCCCGAUCUCGAACUCUCAGAGCUACAUGAGCGCCUCUCCGCCGGGCUACGGCGGCAUCACCGGCUACACCCACCAGCACCAGAGCUCCGGGGUCUCCCCCGUGUCCGGGGCCAUCGGAGGGACUCUGGGUUCGCUCGUGAAAUCGGAGCCGAGCGUCAGCCCGCCAGUUUCCACGGCGCGCGCACCGCCGCCGUGCCCCACGGGAGACCUGCGGGACAUGAUCAGCAUGUAUCUGCCCACUGGCGAGGCGGCGGGCGGCGACUCCGUUCAGAGCAGACUGCAUGUGCUGCACCCGCAGCACUACCAGAGCGGGGGCUCCGCCGCGGUGAACGGGACGGUUCCCCUCACGCACAUUUAAAACGUCCACAUGAACUGUAAGCACUGCGAACACAACCAAAUAUUUCCACUCCACGUGCGAGCUCCAGCUGCUGAUGGACUGUAAAUUAUAGGCGGCUGCAGUCAUGAUAAUGCAAUCACUUUGAACUUUUUAUUUGAUUUUAUUUUUUAAUAAUAAUUGUUAUUUAAAAAAAAAAAAAAAAAGUGAUGGAUCUUUUUGUCCGAAAGCGCCUCAGAUCGCUUGCCAACUUCUGACACCGUUUAAAUUAGAAUCCGUACAGGCUGGUGCAAUUUAAAGCUUAUUUUAUUCUCCGAAUUACAGACACCAGCCGAGUGUUUGGAGGAUGUUUUAAAGAGGGAAGCGUAUAAUAAAUGCAGAGCGGUGUGGAGAAAGAAAGAAAGAAAAAAAAGUUACAGGCUGCAGUUUAAAUUGAUUUCCAGUUUUGAUGCUUGUAAACAUGUGAGUCGGUGUAAUUUGAAUUUGUUCCUGUUGUUGUAAAAUCUUGUAAAUUGUGAAUAAAUAGGCCUACUGAAAACGCUUUUAUGCAACUGUAUACAUAAUUUACAAAAAGGCAAAUCUACAUUUUUGCAGCUGAAGCCGGAGCAUCGCUGACUUGAAUAAAUUUUCCAAGAUUUCUUUGUCUCUUGGAGAAACGUUA